GCCGUCAUUUCCUCCAGAUAGCGUCAGAAAUGUCGGUUUGCAGGGCCACGUUUUGAAGAAGGGUAUGUUUUUAGCUUUUAGUUGUUGUUAAUUAUGUGGAAACUAUUUUAAAGCACCCGAGAGUGAGUUUAUUUACCACCUUGUCCUGAAAAAUUUUGCUAACAGACGCAGAGUUUCUUCGGCGGGGUAACUUAAAACAACUCCCGAUCCCGACCCGCCAAAAGCCGCGGAGAUUCACCGAGGAAGUAACCAUUUUGUCCAGCGAGUGAAACCAUGAGUGGUGGAUUCAACUUCGGUCAGCCUUCAGGCUUCUUCCCAGCCCAGAAGACCACCGCUGGUGCUCCCGCCGCAGGUUUCGCUUUAACAAACUCCGCUCCUGCAGCCACCGGAGGCGGCUUCAGCUUCGGGGCUCCCACCGGUCAGACCAACCCCAACCCCACCGGCUCCUUCAGCUUCGGCAACCCAGCGAAGAGCUCCGCACCCGGUACGAGUUUCUCUUUUGGGACCCCCACCACCACGUUUGGCCUGGGCACGGCCCCUCAAACCACAGCGGCGGCCCCGGGGCUCACUCUAGGCUCCAUGUUGGCUCCCUCCACGGGGACUGGGUUCACUCUGGGCGGGGGGUUGUCCUCUCAGACCACCGCUGCAGCUCCUGCAGGUGGAGGCUUCACCUUCGGAGGUGCCGCUCAGGCUCCAGCUGCAUCAGCAGCUGCACCUGCAGCUACGACAGCAGCAGGAGCAGCAGGUGGUGUUCCGUUUGGAGGCUUCAGCUUCGGGGGGUCCAAAGUCCUGGUGACCACAGCUUCAGCAUCUCCUGCUCCAGCUGCACCAGCACCAACAGGAGCAGGAGGUGGAGGAGGGUUCAGCUUCGGCACCACUGCCCCCUCCACCUCCGCAGCUGCGACAAUCCAGAGCGGAGGUGGAGGAUUCAGCUUUGGGGUGAAACCAUCGUCAACCCCGGCUCCGCCUGCCUACACCCAGGCUGCCUCUGCGGCUCCCUCAGGUCCAUCUCUGUUUGCUUCACCCCUCACCACGGCGACAGCAGCCCCUGCAGCAACCACAGGGUUCUUGCUGGGGACAGCUCCGGCAUCAAUAGCGAGCACCGCAACACCGUCAGCUACAGGCGGGGGACUGAACUUCACCCUCAAGCCCCUGGGGUCAGCCGCUACCACGGCUGCUGCCUCCACCACCAUCACAGCUCCAGCCGCCACGACUGGCACCGCUGUCGGUUUCAGCCUGGGAGUCAAACCUCUGUCCAGCACCGCCAUGACGGCCAUCACAACAGCCGCAACCCUCACCACUACCACCGCCGCCACCACUACGAAUCCUCCGGUGAUGAGCUACGCCCAGCUGGAGAGCCUCAUAAACAAGUGGAGCCUGGAGCUAGAGGACCAGGAGAGACACUUCCUGCAGCAGGCGACGCAGGUGAACGCCUGGGACCGCAUGCUGGUGGAGAACGGAGAGAAGAUCACGUCCCUGCACAAGGAGCUGGAGAAGGUGAAGCUGGACCAGCGGCGGCUCAACCAGGAGCUGGACUUCAUCCUGUCGCAGCAGAAGGAGCUGGAGGACCUGCUCUGCCCGCUGGAGGAGUCGGUGAAGGAGCAGAGCGGCACCAUCUACAUGCAGAACGCCGACGAGGAGCGAGAGAGGACGUACAAGCUGGCUGAGAACGUGGACGCGCAGCUGAAGAGGAUGUCACAGGACCUGAAGGAGAUCAUUGAACACCUGAACACAUCCAGCGGACCAGCAGACACCAGCGAUCCGCUUCAGCAGAUUUGUAAAAUCCUCAACGCCCACAUGGAUUCUCUGCAGUGGAUCGACCAGAACUCGGUUCUGCUACAGCGGAGGGUGGAGGAAGUGUCCAAACUGUGUGAUACGCAGCGCAAGGAGCAGGAGAAAACCUUUCGCUUAACCUUUGACUGAAAUAACGUAUUUCAAUGCACAAUGAAUGUGCAUUGACAUAAUGCUACUUUUUGGGAAUUCCCUAUUUCUCCUUUGCCUCUACAUUACUCCUGUUUACCUCUAGAGCUUUGUUGGUUUGCAUAAAUAUGAAUAUUUUUGAUUCCAUAAGCUUUAUAAACAUGCAACUUCUUCUGUAUUUGAGGAAAAAUGUUUCUAAUGUCUUUUGAAUUAGUAGAUAAAUAAAAUGGAUAUUUCUCAAAGUAGGUGUCCUUUGCAGAAAGCUGUCACUUAUUGGCACAUUCUUCCUAGUUGGUAUGCUUAACAUAAAUUACAAGUGUAAUGUGAAAGGGUUUAUUUACAUUCCUAUUGCAAUGCACUGAUUUGAUUCAUCCUGGCUGGUAAUGAUUUUAUGUUUUUAAGCUGAUUGACAAGUUCUGAUUUAGAUUUUUUAUUCUUACCACACAGGAAUAUGUUGGAAUUUGUUGGUAUUGGCUGUAGCAUCAAAUCCAGGAGGAAAUGGAGCAGUUCUUCCCUGAUGAGCAUCAAAGCAUAUCUUUUUGAUCUGUAUUUGUGAAGCUAAGACAAAUAUGCACAAUUGGUGCUUGUUGAUUCCUAUAUCAAUGAAAAAUGGACUAACGAAGUAAUGAAAAGAUCACAUGUUCAAGAUUGGACCUGCUGAUCCCCCCCCCAAAAGUUGGCUGAUAAAUCUGUGCUCUUAACUUUUCAAA